CUCGCUCGCUCGCUCUCUCUCGUCUCUUCGCAUCUCCUUCGCGCCUCUUUUUCUCUCUCUACGAACUCCCCCCUUCCCCAAUUUUUACUUCUCCCGAAACCCUAAACCAUUCCAAGCUCCGAUCUCUCGCAUCGCCAUUAGAGCAAAGCCGAAGCUCUUUGAGCUCCCCGAAGAGGGGACGAGGGCGAUCAAUGGCGCAUCGCGCCGCAAAGCGCCCCAAGCUCACCCAAAGAGGGGAGGACGAUUACGUGCCGGGGAACAUAGUAGAGAUCGAGAUCCACAACUUCAUGACCUAUGAUCACCUCAAGUGCAAGCCCGGUUCGCGCCUCAACCUCGUCAUCGGCCCCAAUGGUUCCGGGAAGAGCUCUCUCGUGUGCGCCAUCGCUCUAGGGCUUACCGGAGAGCCGCAGCUUCUUGGAAGGGCAUCGAGUAUUGGGGCGUUUGUGAAGAGAGGGGAAGAAUCUGGCUACAUAAAGAUAUCAUUGAGAGGUGACACCGCGGAGGAGAAGAUAACUAUUACGAGGAAGAUUGAUACCCGCAACAAGUCUGAAUGGGUGCUCAAUGGUACAACAGUGCCGAAACGAGAUGUAAUUGAGAUCAUCAAGAAGUUCAAUAUCCAAGUGAACAAUCUAACUCAGUUCCUGCCACAAGAUCGGGUAUGUGAAUUUGCUAAGCUAACUCCAAUUCAACUUCUGGAGGAGACUGAAAAAGCAGUUGGUAAUCCUGAGUUGCCAGUUCAACAUCGUGCACUUGUUGAGAAAAGUAAAGAACUAAAGAGGCUCGAGUUGGCUGUCAGCCAAAAUGGAGAGACAUUAAAUCAGCUGAAAGCUCUUAAUGCUGAGCAAGAAAGAGAUGUAGAGCGUGUUCGUCAGAGAGAGAAACUUUUGGCAAAGGUUGAUUUGAUGAGGAAGAAAUUACCAUGGCUAAAGUAUGACAUGAAGAAAGUGGAAUAUAAGGAAGCCCAGAAACAGGAGACUCUUGCUAAAAAUAAAAUGGAAGAGGCAGCUAAAAUUUUGAAUGAUCUCAAAAGCCCUAUUGAGGAGCAGAAGAAAGUGAAAAAAAUGCAUGAAUCGAACAGCAAGAACAUAAACAACCAGAUAAACCAAAAUGCCAGUUCUCGCAGAGAUAUUAUAGAGAGGGAGUGUCAAUUGGGUGUGCAAGUACAAGCUAAAUAUGCUGAAAUGGAAGACCUGAAAAGACAAGAGGAAUCUCGCCAGCAAAGGAUUUCGAAGGCUAAGGAAGAUCUUGUUACUGCUGAAAAGGAACUAGCAGAGCUUCCAAUUUUUGAACCUCCCAGAGUUGAAAUGGAGAAACUUGGUACCCAAAUUACGGAACUGAAUUUUGAAUUAAAUCAAAUGAAAGUGCGAAGGAAGGAGAAGGAAUCACAUUUACUCCAUGAGAAAGGACUCUUGAGAAAGAGCUCAGAGAGAUUGAAGGACAUGGAAAGCAAGAAUAAUAAAUUGCUUCUCGCAUUACAAAAUUCUGGUGCUGACAAAAUAUUCGAAGCUUACCAAUGGUUGCAGGAUCAUCGUGGUGAUUUGAAAAAGGAAGUAUAUGGGCCUGUCCUUAUUGAGGUAAAUGUUCAAGAUCAGGGUCAUGCUGCUUACUUGGAAAAUCAUGUGCCAAAUUACAUUUGGAAGUCCUUUAUUACUCAGGAUGGUUCUGAUCGAGAUUUCUUGGUUAGAAAUCUAAAAUCCUAUGACAUUCCGAUUCUUAAUUAUGUACCUGAAAGAGGCUCUAGAAGAGCGCCAUUCAAUAUCACGCCUGAGAUGCGAGAACUUGGAAUAUGCUCCCGGCUUGAUCAAGUAUUUGACGCUCCUAGUGCUGUAAAAGAUGUUUUGAUCAGCCAAGCUGCUUUGGAUAAUUCAUACAUAGGUUCGGAUGAGACUCAUCGGCGAGCGGAUGAAGUAUCACGAUUAAAUAUUUUAGAUUUUUGGACUCCAGAUAAUCAUUAUCGGUGGACUAAAUCAAGAUAUGGAGAUCAUAUGGCAGCAAGUGUUGAACAAGUGAACCCUUCUCGCCUUUUUAUGUGCAAUUUGGAUGUUGGUGACAUAGAAAAUCUCAGGUCUAGGGUGGCUGAACUAGAAAGCAAUAUUACAGAUAUGGAGGAUAGCCUGAAAUCGCUUCAGAAAGAACAAAGGCAGUUGGAAGAUGAAAUGGCGAAGAUACAUAAGAGACGGGAGGAAAUUACUGAAAAUGUUAAGUUUGAGAAAAAGAGGCGCCAGGAAAUGCAAAGGCGUGUUGAUAUGAGGAGAAGAAAGUUGGAAGACAUAAGUAAAGAGGAAGACCUCGAGUUAAGCACAAAAAAGCUCAUUGACCAAGCUGCCCGGUUGAAUGAGCAGCGCUUUCAAAUGGCAAUUAAAAUCAAGAAUUUGCUCGUUGAAGCUGUCGACCUCAAAUGGAAUUACACCGAAGAGAACAUGAUGGCAAUUGAGCUUGACAUGAAGGUGAGGGAAAUGGAGGCAAAUGUUAAGCAACAUGAAAAGUCUGCUAUUCAAGCAGCAACAUGCUAUGAAAAUUGUAAAAAAGAAACAGAACAGUGCAAGCGGCAACUCAAUGAUGCAAAGCGUCAUGCAGAAUCAAUAGCUGUUAUUACUGAUGAUCUUGCAGAAGAAUUUCGGCAGAUGCCUGAAACCAUAGAGGAGCUGGAAGCUGCCAUUCAAGAUACUUUUUCUGAAGCGAACUCAAUUUUAUGCCUUAAUCAGAACAUUCUUCAAGAAUACGAAAAUAGGCAGCGUAAGAUAGCUAGCAUAGGAGCUAAACUACAAGAUGAUGAGAAAGAACUGAAGAGAUGCUUGUCCGAGAUAAACACCUUAAAGGAAAACUGGCUUCCGACGUUGCGUGACCUUGUUGCAAAAAUAAAUGAGACUUUCAGUCGUAACUUUCAAGAGAUGGCUGUUGCCGGAGAAGUUUCAUUGGAUGAGCAUGAGGUUGAUUUUGAUCAAUUUGGUAUUCUUAUAAAGGUGAAGUUCAGGCAAACAGGACAGCUUCAGGUGCUAAGUGCUCAUCAUCAAUCUGGAGGGGAACGUUCAGUUUCGACGAUUCUUUAUCUCGUCUCCCUUCAAGAUCUCACAAAUUGCCCAUUCCGUGUGGUUGAUGAGAUAAAUCAAGGGAUGGAUCCUAUAAAUGAACGGAAAAUGUUUCAGCAACUUGUGAGAGCUGCCAGUCAACCAAAUACACCUCAGUGUUUCUUGCUUACUCCAAAAUUGCUCCCGGAUUUGGAGUACAGUGAGGCGUGUAGCAUUUUGAAUAUCAUGAAUGGUCCAUGGAUUGAUAAACCAGCCAAAGUAUGGUGCAACGGUGAAUGUUGGGGAGCAGUGAUGGGCUGGGAAGGAGAGAGAGUGUAAGUUGAUUUGAUUUUGGCCGAGUGAUUGAUGGAUCAGUGGAUAGAGCGCAGUAGCUUUGGUCGAGCUUUUGCCUUCGCUUUCGCCUCCUUUCUGUAUUAUAUUUGUAUGCAUUGCAUGCAGCUGGCGUUUAUUUAUCCUUUUUAAGUGAUGUAAUCUCAUUUUAGCGCAUAAGAUAAUGAAUGCAGGGCAUGAUGGUGCUAACUUUUGAGAGAAGACAGAAGGGUACUAACCCAUUUGUUGUAUUCUAUCGCUAAUUAAAAGUGGCAGAUUGAAUGCCAGCUUUUGUGUUACUGAGCCAUCUAUGCUUCUGCUCGUGUAUUGUUCACUUUGAAGAUAGUAUUUGCGGCACAUAAAUAUAGUCUAGCCUUUCUGUUUGAUGACC